CUGAAAUUUGAGCAGUGGUUCUCGACAAAAUGAAUGCAAUAAACACGUGUACUCCAAAAUCCGUUGACUAAUUAGUUUGUUUAUUACGCGUGUAUCAAUUUUAUUACGUAUAAUAAUAAAAUUAAUUAAUUGUGAAAAAUGAAGAUUAAGGAUUUACGUAAAAAUCCUCUGAGCUGCAAAGUUAAAGAGGAUCAAAGAGAAAAAAAAAAAGAAGAUUGUGAAGAAAAAGGGAAUAAGGUUAGAUUUCCAAAUGAUACAAAUUUCAAUCACAUAAAAUGCAAAGCUGUAAGACAAAUGAAAGUUCGACAAUUAUUAAAAGAAAAGGCAAAAGUAAAAAAAGAAGAAAAAAAACGUCGAAUUCAAGAAGGAUUACCUAAAGGAAUCCCUCAUACAAUUGAAAGCCUCAGAGAAAAAGAUGAAACAACAAUUCAGGGUGAUAUUGAUGAUGAAGAAAAUGCUGAGCUCAAGGCAGAAUUGAUGCAUGAUGAAUUUUCUGCUUAUUAUAGAAAAGAUUAUGAGCCCAAAGUAUUAAUAACUUAUGCUGAUAAUCCAACAAGAAAGACUAGAAUAUUCGGUAGAGAAUUAACUCGGAUUAUUCCUAACUCUAUAUCUCUUUAUCGUAAUCGUUCUGGAGUAAAAAAAAUGGUGAAGUCUGCUACCGCACGUGGAUUUACAGAUAUUGUGAUUGUUAAUGAAAAUCAAUGUCAACCUAAUGGUAUGUUAGUUAUUCAUUUACCAGAUGGACCUACAGCUCUCUUUAAACUCAGCAAUGUCAAAAUAACACCGGAAUUGAAAAGAAGUCACAAAGAAAUUACAUCACAUAGACCAGAAGUCAUUCUAAAUAAUUUUACAACUCGUUUGGGACACACAAUUGGACGUAUGCUGGGAGCUUUAUUCCAUUAUGAACCUGAAUUCAAAGGACGUAGAGCCGUCACUUUUCACAAUCAACGAGAUUACAUUUUUUUCCGGCAUCACAGAUAUAUUCUUCACCAUGUCAGUAACAAUUGCGUCAAUAGAAGAAUCUUUAAAAGAAAUACAAUAAAUGGUAUUGUUACUAUGGAAUUAAAUGCCGAGAUGCUUAGCAGCGACUUUUAAAUUUCCAAAUGGUAACAGUUGCAUUCAAACGGUCGGUUGACAGGUGCAUAAGAGAGCCAUAUGUGUGUACCGGUCGGCGCGCAAGGUUGCACUAAACUGACGUGUCCCGAGAUAUUUCUAAUAGACCUGUAGUCUGCAAUCGUCAUUUCAUUUAUGACCAGAUGCCACAAACGAAUACCUGGGUUCUCGGAGUACUUCAGUGAUUAAUGAAUCUACCUUGGCAAUAGGUACAUAUAUACUAUCCAUCUGAAACUGUGUAUUGGAUACAUAGUGCACCUGUGUACGACCUUAGAAUCUAUUUCUUUUUUUCAUGAUUAAAUGGAGAAAUACAUAAAUCUAUUUAUUACGUAAGGUUAAUUAUGUGAGGAAA